CUUCAUAAACUAGGCCUAGGUGUUCUACCUAGCUCGACUUCCACUUCUCCAACUCCAAUACAAGGAAAUCCUCCCCACAACUCUCCCGGAGGUCCACAACCCACCCCCCACCGCCCGCCAUGCCCUCGACCUACAAAAAAGACAAACCAUGGGACACCGACGACAUCGACAAAUGGAAAGAAGACGCCUUCAAGCCCGAAGACAACAUCGGCGGCACCUUCGCCGAAGAGUCCUCCUUCAUGACGCUCUUCCCCAAAUACCGCGAAGUCUACCUCCGCACCGCCUGGCCGCUCAUCACGCGUUCGCUCGAGAAGUUCGGCAUCGCCUGCACGCUCGACCUCGUCGAGGGCAGCAUGACUGUCAAAACCACCCGCAAAACCUUCGACCCGGCCUCCAUCCUCAACGCGCGCGACCUGAUCAAGCUGCUGGCGCGGUCGGUCCCCGCGCCGCAGGCGGUCAAGAUCUUGGAGGAUGGAGUCGCCUGCGAUAUUAUCAAGAUUCGGAAUCUGGUAAGGAAUAAGGAUCGCUUUGUUAAGCGGCGGCAGCGGAUUUUGGGGCCGAAUGGCUCGACGCUGAAGGCGUUGGAGCUGCUUACGGAGUGCUACAUACUUGUGCAAGGAAACACGGUCUCGGCGAUGGGAGGGUACAAGGGCCUGAAAACUGUGCGCCGUAUCAUCGAAGACACGAUGGCGAAUAUCCACCCCAUUUAUGCGAUUAAGGAGCUUAUGGUCCGACAAGAGCUGGCCAAAGACCCGGAGCUGGUUGGCGAGAACUGGGACCGCUUCCUGCCGAACUUCAAGAAGCGGAGUCUGAGCAGGCGCCAGGUGCCGUUCAAGGUUUCGGAUAAGAGCAAGAAGCCGUAUACGCCGUUCCCGCCGCCACAGGAGAAGAGCAAGGUGGAUUUGCAGAUCGAGAGUGGAGAGUUCUUCUUGGGGAAGCAGGCGAAAGAGCGGAGGGCGCGGGAGGAGCGCGAGGAGAAGUUGAAGGAGAAAAUGGAGGCGAAGAAGGUGCAGAGGUUGCAGGAGUUUGUGCCGCCGGUGGAGGAGGGUGCCGUGAAGAAGAAGAGGAAGAGGGCAGAUGGAGAGGUCGGCGAGAAGAAAAAGAAGAAGAAAAAGAAGGUAGAGGCGGUGGAGGCGGAAGCGUGAUCGUGGUGCAACAUGUGGAUUUCAUUGCCUAGCAGAGCCGUGGCGUUCGGGGCGCUCUGGUAUCGGAUUGGAUGCACAGUCAUUGUUAGUUUAGAAUAGGGCUUUGUAUGAAGCUCUAUGAUGUCUUGCAAUUCAGAACCAACAUUUAGUCCAUCG